AUGGAGAAAUGCAAUCAAACUUCAAGUGACUUCAUUCUGUUGGGGUUGUUGCCUCCAAACCAAAUAGGGCUCCUUCUCUUGUUCCUCAUUAUCCUUCUGUUCUCUUUUACUUUGUUUGGUAACUCAGGAAUGAUCUACCUCAUAUAUAAGGAUCCCCGGCUCCACAUCCCCAUGUACUUUCUCCUCAGCCAGCUUUCUCUCAUGGACUUAAUGUCUAUCCCAACCAUUGUCCCCAAGAUGGCAUUCAACUUCCUCUCUGGCCAAAAGAGCAUCUCCUUCCUUGGAUGUGGGGUGCAAAGCUUCCUCUUUUUGACUAUGGCAAGUGCUGAAGGCUUGCUGCUGGCAUCCAUGGCCUAUGACCGCUUUGUGGCCAUCUGCCAACCGCUCCAUUAUCCCAUCCGUAUGAGUAAAAGGGUAUGUGUGAAAAUGAUCAUGGGAUCAUGGAUACUGGGCUCUCUCCACUCUUUGGCAUACACAGCAUAUGCCCUUCAUCUUCCUUACUGCAGAUCUAGGGCCAUCAACCAUUUCCUCUGUGACAUUGCAGCAAUGGUACCUCUGGCCUGUAUGGAUACAUGGAUUUAUGAAUACAUGAUUUUUAUGAGUACUUGCCUGUUCCUCCUCUUCCCUUUCCUUGGAAUCACUGCUUCCUAUGGACGUGUGCUUUAUACAGUCUUUCAUAUGUGCUCACAAGAGGGAAGGAAAAAGGCCUACACCACAUGUUCGACACAUUUAACUGUGGUAACAUUUUACUAUGCACCUUUUUUCUUCACUUAUUUUCAGCCUUCUCAUCUUCGCUCUGCUACUGGGGAUAAGAUUCUGGCUGUGUUUUAUACCAUUCUCACCCCAAUGCUCAACCCCAUCAUCUACAGCCUGAGGAAUAAAGAAGUCCUGAGGGCUAUCUCAAGAGUUCUUGGCAUGUUCUCUUCUAUCAGAAAAUAA